CGGGAGAAACUGUCAUGGACGGGGAAGAGGCCGCGGCGGCUGAGGGGGACGUUUGGGACCACUCCUGGGACUCCCCGGCUCAUUUCUGAACGGGCGUCUUCUCCCAGUGGCAUCGGCAUCCGAGAGGGCUAGAGGCUAGACCCGAGGACUGGUAGAAAAAAAUAAAUCUCCUUCGUUCCCCGGAGGCGGCGCUGGCCGGCCGGGCAAGGCUGUGAGGCCCGGUCUGCGAGCCUGUGGACAUGGAUGACAGCAAGGUAGUUGGAGGCAAAGUAAAGAAACCAGGUAAACGUGGUCGGAAACCAGCCAAAAUUGACUUGAAGGCAAAGCUUGAGAGAAGCCGGCAGAGUGCAAGAGAAUGUAGGGCCAGAAAGAAGCUGAGAUAUCAAUAUCUGGAAGAAUUAGUGUCUAGUCGGGAAAGAGCCAUCUGCGGUCUCAGAGAAGAACUGGAAAUGUACAAGCAGUGGUGCAUGGCAAUGGAUCAAGGAAAAAUCCCCUCUGAAAUAAAAGCUCUGCUAACUGGAGAGGAGCAGAACAAAUCUCAGCAGAACUCAAGCAGACAUACCAAGGCUGUAAAAAUAGAAGCUAAUAACAACUCUUGGUGAGGAUCAUUUCCACUCACGAAUCAGUUGCUGAAUUGAACAUUCAGAAUCACAUGAAGAAUGGACUGGAUUGGGCUUUAGAAUUUAAUUUGCUACCUACAGUUCAGUGGUCAUAUAUGUUAAUCUGCAAUUGUUGACCAAAAUCUGUGAUGUAUGUUGAAGGACCUGUUCAACAAAAAGAAAAUUCAAAAUAUUCAGUCCUCUUUCAUUUGAUGUUGAUAGCUGCAGUAGAUUUGCACAUGAUGUGAUGCUUGGAAGAACCCAUGUGGCAUGGAGGACAAUAAGUUAAGAGACCGUAGUUUUGCACCUUAGUUCCAUAUUGGUUAAUUAUGUUCUUUUCAUUUAAUUGUGUAUAUUGGUGUCACUUUAUUUGCUUUGUUUUUUUGUAUACUCUUAUUCAGAGAAACCAAAUAGGCUGUUUGCUAAAUUAAAAGUUUUCAACUUUUAAAAUGGACCUGAACUUCUUUCAUCAACUUUAUUUGAGUGAUUUGUAUAUUUCGUGCAGGAACCACAGAUCUGUUCUGUGUAUCAUUCCAGCAUAAACUGUGCAUAUGUAUUAAUAAUUAUAUGCACCUCUAUUUUUGUAAUCCAUGAUGAUCUUUCUGUUAUAUUUUACCCUUAAGGACAAUCCAUAUGAAAAGCUAUUGGAAACUCUUGUCACUUUCCUCCCCAACUGUAUUUAUAAAAACUAUUGAAAUUUCCUCAUUUAUAUUAGUAAAUAAAUUAAUCAAACUUUAAAAUUACUUUUAAGGUAUUUAGAUGCAGUAAGCAUUUUGUUAUUGCUAAAUGUAGAAAGAUAUAUGUACAUAUACACAUGCACAUAUAUAUACACAAACAUGGGGAGAGAGAGAAAGAAAGAAUGAGAAAGAGGAGAGAGAGAGAGAAAAAGAGAGAGAGAGAUUAAAACACUUUUAUUUCAUAUUUAACUAGCUUGAGAGACUGUUUCAGAGAAAAUAGUUUAAAAUUAGCUGCUGGUCCUUCAAGAUCUUGUUUCUGCUUCAAGGUCUGUAAUAAAGUGACAUACAGAUUGCUUAUAGUUUUAAUGGCUGCCACAGAAACCAAAAUACCAAGCUUCUUUCCUGACAUGAGAUUCCAUUCAGUUCAUUCUGAGAAAGGCACAGUAAAAUGGUUAUAUUUCUGUUCUUUUUUCAAGCCAGAUGGAUACCUAUCAGAGAGGAAUGCUCUCUCUUGUGUGUCCAAGGAAAACUCAGAGUAAAUGAGUACUUUGGUCCUGUCCAAGCCACAGUUCUCUUUCCUGAGCCUCACAUUAGGUUCAAACAUGGGUGUUUUGAUUGUGCAAAUCACUACCAUAAAUGUUUGAUGCCAGGGGGAACAGAAACCAAUUCUUCCAUUGACCUUUAUCAUUCAUAUCCAAGCCCUCAUUUAUUAAAGGUUUAUCUUCCCCAAAAGAGCGUUUGGUAUAGUAUGAGGAAUCAGGCUUUAUAAAAAUCUUUGAAAAAUAUACUUGUUUAAAACAAAUAACAAAUAAGUACUAGAUACAAUUUAAUUUUUCUACUCCUGCUUCUGUGAUAAGGUCCUUUAUCAUUGUCUCUUUCUUAGAUAAUUAAAUCAGAAGUUUUGAUCUCUUAUUACUAAACCAUAAUUUUAUGUAAUUGGCCUACUAUCCCCUAUUAAUUGGCUUUUUCAUCAAAUGUUUGUUAUAAAAUGUUAUUAUAGGAAAGAUCAAUCUUAUUUAGGAAGAUGAUGUGGACCAUGACGGGAGCAUGAAAGUGAAUAUGUAUCCUUCUUGGACUGUACGGUAUGACCUCAUCUGGCCAGGGAGCCUAACAACCUGGUGUUCUUUGGAGUGCAAACUUAGGUUUGCCCUUUUGGUGUUAUGUGACCACCAUUAGUAAACUACUAAUUCUCUCCUCCCCUUUCCCUCCAAUCUUUGUGUUUUGGAGCAAUAAAAAGAUGAAGAAAAUUUUAUGUCUUAGAAACUGGAUAUGUUUUUAUUGUUUUUGGUUACUUGAUCACAUGUUUUCCAAAAUAUCCUAAGACUUGGUUUACAUUAUUUCUGGACCAUUUGAAUACCAUCCAGAUAAGUAUUGUAAAUGUAAAUAUUCCAAAAUGAAAAGUUUUUUUUUGAUGGAAUGUGCCUGUAUGCUUGAAAUAUUUCUUCCCUGACAGUAAUUCUAUGUUAUGUAAGUCAUUUGAGCUUUUGUUAUAAUAUCUUUACAAAAGUUGAUAAUUUUACCCUCAUAUAGAGGAUAUAUGGAAUUCAUGUAAGAGUAAAUUAGAAUUGUUAUGCUGCUUUUAUUUCUAGAACUUUCGCUUUUGUCUUUGUGGACAAACAGAACCAAGAGAAGGUACCUUGGCUUUAAAAAGAAUUGUUUUUAGUAUUUUAAGGAUUGUGCUGUCAAUAUAUUUUGGUUAGUUUUACAGCAUGAUAAUAAAUGUCAUUGAUUAAAAAAACUGGAGCAUGUCCUGUCCCAUUUCAGUUAAAGAACAUAGCAUUUAUGAAAAUUCUAUCAUUUCUUAUGUGGUUAGAUAGCAAAAAGCAGAGAGAAAACAUGAAAUGUUGCAUACUAUGACAUUCUUUGGAUGAAUGUCACUUUUCUUUCCUAUAUUAGAAAGAUCUGGGAAAAAUGUAUUUUUACAGGGCAUUGGAUUCUCAAUUUCCUAUAAAUUAAUCAUCAAAUCAAUUUGCAUAUGUACAAAUUAUACAUCAAAUCAAUAGAGUGUGUUAAAUGAGUUCUAAAAAGUGAAGCUUAGAAUUGGAUGUAGUUGGCUAAAAUAUCUUUCCUUAUUAUAAUCUUUAUUUUAUUGUAGCAAAUUUAUAUCAUUGUUCACCAAUAUACUGACAAUAUUUACAAUUGCCAUUUUUUAGCAAUUGAUCAUCUUUCAAUUAUGAUAGACCUAAUUUGGCUUAUUAUAAGGGAGAUAUCUAAAAUUUUGAUUGAAAUAAAGGCAAACUUUUAAAUAACAUAAUUGAUAAAUUUUGCAAGAAAUUAAACACACAUAUUGCGUAAAAAGAAAUAUGACUUUUAAACUACAUGGUAUUUCUGGGACAUUGAAAGAAUUUUAAUUUCUCUAAAGAACAUUGUACAUUUAUAUUUU